AUGAAGGUGGAGCUCAAGUGCGUCGAUCUAAAGAUCCAGUUUAUUGGCGCGUCAGGGUUGCCGAAGAUGGAUGUUGUUGGGACGGCGGAUCCGUUCUUCACUGCGGACAUUGACGGUCAGAUCAAGUAUAUAUCAGAGGUGAAGGCGAACACGCUCAGUCCUGUGUGGAACGAGGUGUGGAACGUCAAGAACGUACCCAUUACUGCCAUGCUCCACGUCGCGGUCAUGGACAAAGAUAACGGUCCCACGGACGAUACCAUUGGAGGCUUCCAGAUCACCGUCUCCCCCGGUGCGAAAGAGGCAGAGAUCGAAGGUUCCGUCUUGAAACGUGCCAAGGGUACGUUCUGGCUCAAGAUCGACGUGACAGAGCCUGCAGAUACUAAAGUCCCCCAGUACACCUUCGAUGGUCCCAUCCGUUUCUCGCGACACUUCUCCCCCACGGUCGGUAGACUCACGAGCGUCAACGACGAGCGCCUAUAUUCCACCUGGAAAAUGUACCUCAAGGGUGUACCACUCAUCUUCGGCGACUUCCAACAGCCGUGGAACCACGGUUACCAAGCCGCACAGACCAUCUUCGGUACGGGUCCGUCCUCAUUUGCUGUACGGUCUGGUAUCCAAGCUGGCCACAAGAUGCUGUACGCUCGUCGAACCACCAACGGCUUCGGAACGAUCGAGUCAGCGGCGGACGUGCACCAUAUCCUUCAAGGAGGACGAAACCCGAACUCCCCUGUCGCGUCAGCUUCCCCUGCCACGCCACACCACAGAGUCAAGCCCGCCGUAUACACCUAUGUCAUCGCCGUCGAAGACUCGAGCUUCAGGUUCUCCGAGACCGGCGCCGCCUUCUUCGUCGACUUUGCCUCGAAGCACGCGUUACAUUCGAACUGCGCGGAGACGGUACGGUACAGCGGGGAGUUUCAUCCCCGUCCGAAGGGCGGCUGGCAGAACUUCAGCGAUGAGACGCCGGACGAGAGUGUCGAUUGGGAGUUGGUGAUCGAUAAUAAUUCGGGGACGUAUUCGCCCGAUAAGGCGAUGCUCCCCAAGCUCAAGCAGCUUUUGGAGUACAAUUUCCCGGGGUUCGGGAUCUAUGCGUUAGACCAUGAGGAUCCGCAGCUGAAGGAGAGCAGGGAGGCGUGCAGGAAUUAUGCGUUGCAGUAUAGGGCGGUGAAAAAGGAGGAGUUACAGCCGCAUUUGAAAGAGGGAGAAGAGACGUUGAUGCACCAUGCGUCGGUCAAGGGGGAGCAGGUCGAGUCGGAAGCUGCGGAGGUGCCGGGGAUCAAUUCUUGA